AUGCUACCGACCCACUUCGAGACCCGUGCAACCCCCCAGCCUCACUAUACGGAGCAAGAUGCAAACCUCAUGAGCGGAAGCACCUCGAACCAGUCCUUGGCCGCCGCCUCGCGCUCCGGCGCCGGCCGCGGCUGGUCCCAGGUCGAUGACGGCACCUACCCGCCUCGGCCCAGCGCCGGCGGGUCAGCCGAUGGCAGGAGGGCGGUCUCGUCGGCCUCCAAGGCUGCCGUCGGGAGCGAGCCGUCAUCGUCGAUGCAGAGGAGGCUGUUUGGAUCAAAGGGCGUAGCGAGCCUCACCGUCGAUACCGGUCCCCUCGACAAGCCAGGCGACGGCGUCAGGUCCUCGCACUCUUCCAGGCCCUCGCAGAGCAACAGCACCGGCGUCGCCAACAGGCCCAAGCGUGGGCGCUGGCACACGCUCGAGUUCCGCUUCUACGCCCUCGUCUUCCUCGUCAUGGUCCCGCUCAUGGUCUGGGUGCCAGUACAGCUCAGCCAGCCCUCGAACCCCAACUACAGCAAGUACGCCUGGCACCUCCGGCCAGGGUGGAUCGCCGGUCGGCACAGGGACGACAGCGACUUCCAGUAUCGCUCCUUCCGCGACUAUAUCCCGCCGCUCGUCGGCAUCAUGGCCAUCUACCUCCUCAUCUCGUACACCGCCAGCAGCAUUCCUGCGUCCCGGUCGACCUCGACCGCGGGCUACCGACGCGUCGGCGCAGGCAGCCGCUCAGCCGAGCCCCGCAACCACCGCAAGGCGUUCCUGCUCGUCUUUACGGCCAUCUUCAUCACGGCGCUCCACGGCACCAACGCUGCCAAGCUCAUGCUGGUACUGGCGACCAACUAUGCCGUGGCCCACGCGCUCGGCGGCAAGCGCAUCGCACCCAUCGUCAUCUGGACGCUCAACGUCGGCUCGCUGUUUGCCAUCCACUGGAACGACGGCUUCAAGUACGGCAAGAUGUGGCACGCCCUCGCCUUCCUCGACGACUACCAGGGCGUGCUGCCGCGCUGGCAGAUCAACUUCAACAUCACCAUGCUGCGCCUCGUCUCGUUUUCGAUGGACCUGCACUGGGCCAAGCAGCAGCCCGCGCAGCGGCCCCAGCACGCCAGGUACGUCGAUGGCGCCGACGGCGACGGCGACGGCGACGACGCGCCCUCGCCCCGUCAGCGCGCGUCGACGUCGCGGCCGCCGGAGCAGUACAGCUUCGUGCACUACUUCAUCUACGUCUGCUACCCGCCGCUCUUUAUCGCCGGUCCGAUCAUGACGUUCAACGACUUCACCUCGCAGAUCUACCGGCCCACGACGAUCGCGGCGCGGUCGGUGGUGUCGUACGCGGUGCGCUUCCUCGUGUGCCUGCUGACCAUGGAGCUGAUCCUGCACUACAUCUACGUCAACGCCAUCAAGGACUCAAAGGCGUGGGACGGCGCGACGCCGCUCGAGCUGAGCAUGAUUGGCUUCUGGAACCUCAUCAUCGUGUGGCUCAAGCUGCUGGUCCCCUGGCGCUUUUUCCGGCUGUGGGCCAUGUGCGACGGCGUCGAUGCGCCCGAGAACAUGAUCCGCUGCAUGGCCAACAACUACUCGACGCUGGGAUUCUGGCGCAGCUGGCACCGCAGCUACAACCUCUGGACGGUGCGCUACAUCUACGUGCCCGUCGGCGGCACGCGCAACCGCGUGGUGGCCACGCUGCUCGUCUUUACCUUUGUCGCGCUCUGGCACGACCUCAGCCUCAAGCUGCUGACGUGGGGCUGGCUCAUUACGUUUUUCAUCCUGCCGGAGCUGGUGGGCAAGGCCGUCUUUACGGAAGCCAAGUACGGCUCUCGCUGGUGGUACCGGCACCUGUGCGCGCUUGGGGGUGUGUUCAACGUGCUGCUGAUGAUGACGGCCAACCUGGUAGGGUUCGCCAUUGGCGUCGACGGUAUCCAGUACAUGUACCGCCAGAUCCUGGGUAGCUGGCAGGGGGUGCAGUUUCUGGUGGCGGCGUGCGCGACGCUGUUUGUCGGGGUGCAGGUCAUGUUUGAGUAUCGCGACGAGGAGCGGCGGCGCGGCAUCGAUCGCAAGUGCUAG